AUGUCUUCCCUCCUAGAUGCCGUCCUCAAUUCGGACGCGGCACCCACACCGUCAAGUGAUGCAGGUAACCCGAGGCGGUCGCAACAGAUGCGCUCCUCGUCUGCAAGACCCCGCGGACCUCCAUCUGAAAGCGCUGGCGCAAAUAGCGACGUGGAAUUCGCAGACGACGAAAUUAUCGGAGCCCGAGUACCAGGCAGGCGAACUAAUGAGCCCCGGACAGAUAUCCCCAAGGUAGUAGAUGUCACUGGAGAGACACUUUCGCUACGCUUUCAGGAGUUCCUAGAAAACUAUACAGAAGACCCAUCGUCGUCGGCCCUACCAACUUCGAGCGCUGUCCCCACAACAGACAAAUACUACAUUGCGCAGAUCAGGGGAAUGAGGCUCUACGGUCUCUCCACCCUCUACGUCGACUACACACACCUUCUCAGACACGAAGAUGGCGUCCUUGCCGCAGCCAUUGCCAGCGAAUACUACCGGUUUCUCCCCUACAUGGUCCGAUCCCUCCACAAUCUCAUUGCAAAAUACGAGCCCAAGUACUUCCGCCAGCAUCGACAGCCAGCCUCGACUGCGUCCGCGGCAGCCACCUCCAACGCCGGUAAUGCUAUAAGCCACAACGAAAGCCUCAACGAGAAGACUUCGAAUCAACAGACUGAUAAGCUGUUUACGCUAGCCUUCUACAAUCUCCCUCUAGUGUCCCGCAUCCGCCAGCUGCGCACUACCUCGAUUGGCAGCCUGCUAUCCAUCUCCGGAACCGUCACUCGCACUUCUGAAGUGCGCCCCGAGCUUUCCAUGGCCACAUUUGUCUGUGAGAUUUGCAAUACAGUGGUGCCGAACAUCGAGCAGACCUUCAAGUAUACGGAGCCAACGCAGUGCCCAAAUAUCACAUGUAUGAAUAGGGAAGGCUGGCGUUUAGACAUUCGACAGUCUACCUUCGUCGACUGGCAGAAGGUGCGCAUCCAGGAGAACAGUUCAGAGAUCCCCACAGGCAGCAUGCCUCGGACAAUGGACGUGAUUUUGCGAGGAGAGAUGGUAGACCGCGCAAAGGCCGGAGAGAAGUGUAUCUUCACAGGCACGGUCAUUGUCAUUCCAGACGUGAGCCAGUUUCGUGUUCCCGGUGUGCGACCACAAGCGAUGAGGGACACGUCAAAUGCUACGCGCGGCAACGACGUCGGCGGGUCUGGCGUGAGCGGUCUCAAAGCCUUGGGCGUUCGCGAUCUUACUUACAGAAUGUCUUUUCUCGCAUGUAUGGUAUCGCCGGAUCACUCGACUCCAGGGCAAUCGUCAAACCAUCACUUGACUGGCCAGGCUAGUAACAUCCUCGCUUCUCUUGGUCAGGGCCAGAUUGAGUCGAACGCAACAAGCGGAGAGGAAGCACAGGAGGAGUAUCUUGGAACCCUUACCGCGGCCGAGAUUCAGGAUCUGAAAGACAUGGUGCAUAAACCAAACAUCUUCAUGCGACUGGUCGACUCGAUCGCGCCGAUGGUCUACGGCCACCAGGUCAUCAAGAAAGGGCUCCUACUCCAGCUUAUGAGCGGUGUGUCCAAGGAGACACCAGAAGGCAUGGCAUUGCGUGGCGACAUUAAUAUCUGCAUUGUCGGUGAUCCCUCGACAUCAAAAUCCCAAUUCUUGAAGUACAUUUGCAGCUUCCUCCCCCGCGCUGUCUACACCUCUGGCAAGGCCUCAUCGGCUGCUGGUCUUACCGCUGCUGUGGUCAAGGAUGAGGAGACUGGCGAGUUCACAAUUGAGGCUGGAGCGCUCAUGCUUGCGGACAACGGCAUCUGCGCCAUCGACGAGUUUGACAAGAUGGACAUCGCCGAUCAAGUCGCCAUCCACGAAGCCAUGGAACAGCAGACUAUCUCAAUCGCGAAAGCAGGUAUUCAAGCGACACUCAACGCUCGCACUUCGAUUCUGGCAGCAGCCAACCCGGUUGGAGGUCGCUACAACCGCAAGACAACAUUGCGUGCCAAUGUUAAUAUGUCAGCCCCCAUCAUGUCUCGUUUUGAUCUGUUCUUCGUUGUUCUGGAUGAGUGUGAUGAAUCCGUCGAUCGUCAUCUCGCUGAGCACAUUGUCGGUAUCCACCAGCAUCGAGACGAGGCUGUGAAUCCGGAAUUCAACACCGAACAACUACAGCGCUAUAUCCGCUUUGCACGGACAUUCCGCCCCGAGUUCACGGACGAGGCCAGGGAGACACUAGUUGAGAAGUACAAAGAACUACGAGCAGACGACGCUCAAGGUGGUAUCGGUCGCAACAGCUACCGUAUCACUGUUCGACAGCUUGAGAGUAUGAUCCGGCUUUCCGAAGCCAUUGCGAAGGCCAAUUGCGUCAGUGACAUCACGCCCGAGUUCGUCAAAGAGGCAUACAACCUUCUCCGCCAAUCGAUCAUAUCCGUUGAAAAAGACGACGUUGAAGUCGAAGAUGAAGAUGACGAAGCGCUCCUCGCAGCCGCCGCCGCCGCAGAACAAGAAGAAGGUGACGCAGUGAUGGAUGAAACCCAGCAAGACACAUCGCGCGACCGAACCGCAACUCCUGCCGUCAUUCCUCGAGAGAAGACGAAGAUCACGCAUGACAAGUAUGUCGCGAUGCGCAACAUGUUUGUCAAGCGCGUCAAUGAAGAUCAAGAGGAGACUCAGGACGGUGUGGAUGAAGAAGAAUUGUUGAUUUGGUAUCUCGAACAGAAGGAGAACGAGAUGGAGACGCAGGAGGACUUGGAAAGGGAAAGGGCGCUUGCUAAGAAGGUGUUGAAGAAGGUGGUCAAGGAACAAUAUCUCAUGUUGAUUCGUGGUGAGGGUCUCGCGGAUGACCAGGGCCAGGCUGAGAGCAACGACAAGGUCGUGUAUGUGCUACAUCCUAACUGCCCGAUCGAGGAUAUUGUCUAG